GUUAUGGCUGGUGCCUUGAUUUAUGCUCACCAAUUCCUGAUCUGAUUGGUUGGACUACCCUAGGAUGCGAGGGGAGCUUGGAGUCAAAAUGAAAGAGAGACUCGUCUGGUAUAAGUAGUGCUUUACUAGAUGAGACCGUGCGAUGUGCAAGAUGACUCCUUCCUGCAGUUGCCGCCGGGGGAGGGGGAGGGGGAGGGAAGAAUGAGAAGCAGAAGUGUUUCAUCGUGCUGCCUCUCUCGCUCUUCAUCUCCUCCUCUCUGUCUCUCUCUCUCUCUCUCUCUCUCUCUCUCUCUCUCUCUCUCUCUCUCUGUAUGUGAAUGUCUCACCCUUUUCUCCGGUCAUUGUUGCACUAGGUCAUGCGAUCCAAGUGUUUGCUUGUCUCUCCCUGCGCUUGAGAGAAGAAUGUGGCCCAGCCAAGUGAUGAAUGAAGGAACGAAUAAAGUGGCUGGUGGAACCACAUCAGUUUGGUUGAGUUUGCUGGUGAUAAGCGGAGAGGAAAGAAAAAGAACCGUCGAACCCAAUUGAGUUUGGGGGCCUUGGUUUAGGGCCGGCACUAAAGAAUUCCCUUCCCUCGUUAAGAGUCUAGUUUCUCUUAGUCUUGCUUGGUCGCAAUGGAACCGGCCAUAUGUAUGUCUGUGUGGCAAUGUGGUCUGCAAGACUGCUUGCAGAUGUGCCAGUAUGCCCAACCUGUGAUGAUUCCAAUCAUUUCCCAAUAAUCCGCGCAGAUUAUCCUAUGAACUCAGCGGAUUGGAUAGGAAUUAGUCGCCGG